CUAAUAAGGACUAAUAUUUUUAAGGAAUAUUAACAUAGAUUAAUCAUUAUAUUAGAUUAAUUUACCCAUGCCUGCGGGCGUGACACGACUCUUUAUUCAAGUAUUCAACAGACAAGCAAGUCAGGAAAAUCUUAUAUCAGAGGGCCACGUGGAUCUUCAUGAAGUACUUCGAAAGGGAGAACAUGAUGGUAAAGAAAGAACUUGUUAAUGCAUCAUGUGGACUGACUUAUAUUGGAUGACUCCUUUUAUUUAUUGAUAGGGUUUUUUCCAUUAGUAUUGAAUGGCAAACGAGCAGGAAAGAUAUAUUUGGAAUUGACAUUUUAUGCAGUAAGUUGAAGUAAAAGAUAGUAUUGAAUCACCGUUGCUUAUCUUUUUUUUAAGGGUCCUGUACAAAUGCAUAAGCAACCUCCUCCUAUUAGACAAUAUGUGAAUCGUCCUCCUCCACCAAUAACAGCACCUCAACCCCCAAUAGGAUAUCCAGGACAACCCAUGCCUCAUCCUCGACCUUAUGUUGCUGCACAACCAUUACAUGUACGUACUUCAUCAACACAUCAUCAUCAUCAUCCUUCGCCUAGACCUCUUCCUCCUACUCCUGUCUCUCAACAUGGUCAUCAUUACACAUCUUUACCAGCCGGUCAACCUCCAAUGAGGACAGUACCUUAUAGUCAUCCUCCUCAAUCAACUCCUCUACCAGCAAACGCAUAUCCACCAAGGCCGGCUUAUCCUCCUCAACAUCCUCAGCAACAUAUUUACAACGGGAAUCCUCCUUCUCAACCACAUCCUUAUCCUCCUUCAUCACAACGUCCACAAUCAUUUCCAGCUCCUCGCCCACAUCAACCACCUCCACCUCAUUUUCAACAUACACAAUCAUACCCAUCAAGACCACCGUAUCCUCAACAACCACCUCGACAGCCUGGUUAUCCACCUUAUUAGACGUCAUUCAUUGUUUAGUAUUUCUUUUGCAUAUCUAGUCUUACUUUUUAGUCUUAGUCUUUAGUUAAUAUAUGAUUCUGUGU